CGGAUUUCUUCUCUUCCGAAGCUAUCAAAUGCAAUGACCGAGGAGGAAAGAAAAGAAUAACUAAUCUGAAUACGAAAAAGGAAGAUAGCAUCCGACUCGAUCAUUUUCCCUUGCUGCCUCUGGUCCAGGCACCGUUGAUAAGGGCCAAAGGUCUCAUCUUUGGUUCGAUUCGUUCAGCUUACUGAGGUGAGCGACGAUGAGCAGGUUCCGCGGAAGGCUGCACUCCUUGUUGAACAACCGAUGGCUGGUGUUUGUGGCGGCAAUGUGGAUGCAGUCUUGGGCAGGGAUCGGCUACCUGUUCGGCAGCAUCUCACCGGUGAUAAAGAGCUCCCUGGGAUACAACCAGCGCCAGAUCGCCGGCCUAGGAGUGGCCAAGGACCUCGGUGACAGCGUCGGGUUCCUGGCCGGCACCCUCUGCGAGGUCCUGCCCCUCUGGGCUGCUCUGCUCAUCGGCGCGCUGCAGAAUCUGAUCGGUUACGGAUUGGUUUGGCUCGUCGUGACAGGGCGAGUGCCGGCUUUGCCUCUGUGGGUGAUGUGCAUCCUCAUCUUUGUUGGCAACAAUGGGGAGACGUACUACAAUACUGCUGCUCUAGUUUCUUGUGUGCAGAACUUCCCCAAGAACAGGGGACCCGUCGUGGGCAUUCUGAAGGGAUUUGCAGGCCUUAGUGGUGCCAUUAUAACCCAAAUCUACGCCAUCGUACACACACCGGAUCACGCAGCUCUGAUCUUUAUGCUCGCAGUUGGGCCAGCCAUGGUGGUGAUCGCCUUGAUGUUCAUCGUUAGACCUGUUGGAGGCCACAAACAAGUGCGGUCUUCCGAUGCUUCGAGCUUCACCUUCAUCUACAGUGUCUGCUUGCUCCUCGCUGCUUAUUUAAUGGGUGUCAUGCUGCUCGAGGAUAUGGUUGACUUGAGCCCAGCUGUUACGAUCUUGCUUACACUCAUACUGCUCUCUGUUCUCACAGUCCCUGUUGCAAUACCUGUGCUCAUGACCUUCUAUCCCGACGAACCUGACCUCGCUCGUGAGUGUCUCUUACCAGAGCAUCAGAAAGGAGAAAGAGAUGGAUCGGAUAGGCCUUCAGAGGUAAUCUUGAGUGAGGUGGAAGACGAGAAGCCCAUGGAAGUCGACUCGCUCCCUGAAUCGGAGAGGCAGAAGCGAAUCGUGCAGCUACAGGCAAGGCUUUUCCAAGCUGCAGCAGAAGGAGCCGUGAGGGUGAGAAGGAGAAGAGGUCCGCACAGGGGGGAGGACUUCACCCUGUUGCAAGCACUGAUCAAAGCAGACUUUUGGCUGCUAUUUUUCUCUCUCUUGUUGGGGUCAGGAUCCGGGUUGACGGUGAUCGAUAACCUGGGGCAGAUGAGCCAGUCUCUGGGGUACGAGGACACUCACAUCUUCGUCUCCAUGAUCAGCAUAUGGAACUUCCUCGGACGAAUUGGAGGAGGCUAUGUGUCUGAGGUUAUCGUCAGGGAUCGCGCGUACCCGAGGCCUGCGGCACUGGCAGUAGCUCAAGUCUUAAUGGCAGUAGGCCAUCUUUGCUUUGCGUUGGCUUGGCCGGGGGCGAUGCACGUCGGGACGCUGCUCAUUGGGCUCGGAUACGGCGCUCACUGGUCGAUCGUGCCGGCGGCGGCCUCGGAGCUGUUUGGUCUGAAGAACUUCGGAGCACUGUACAACUUUCUGACGGUGGCAAAUCCAGCUGGUUCGCUGGUGUUCUCCGGCGUCAUCGUCAGUGGCAUGUACGACUACGAAGCAUCAAGACAGGCUCGCAUGCACCACAACUCGGCUUCGCCGCUCACCGGAGCAAGUCUGGGCGAGGAGAAGGCACUCGAGUGCGACGGAACUGCGUGUUUCUUUCUUUCUUCCCUGUUGAUGUCAGGAUUCUGCGUUGUUGCAGUCAUCUUCAGCAGCAUUUUGGUUUACAGGACCAAAGUCGUGUAUGCCCACCUCUAUGGAAAUCGCGAGUCAACACUGUGAUGAAGCACAUGUAAUACUCUCUCUCUCU